GGCAGUCCCCAAAGGCUUAACCUCGCCGGAGCAGCCGGAGAGGAUUUUGCUAUCUGGAGAUUUGUUUUGUUUUUUCCCGAAGUCAAGCAAAGUUGGCUUAGGAAAGAUCUGAUUUAAACUAGAAGGUGACACUCAGCACCCGGGAACUGUGAGGCGGACUCUUUAAAUGCUGGGGUGGAAGGGCGGGGUCGUUGUUAGGGACGCGGCGGAGACGUCUGUUUCCAGGAAGUGACAUCAGCGGCCGCGGAGAUGGACGAUUUACUGGACCUGGGCGAGGAGAGACGUCGCAGCUCGGCUACCUCCGGGGCCAAGAUGGGCCGCCGCGCCCAACAGGAGUCACCUCAGGCUGAGAGUUACUUCAGCAGCAAGAAUUCUUCGUUGACGCAGACUGAAGAGGCUCCCCCACCAAAACCACCUCGACGGCAGGGAGGCUGGGCAGACGACUCCAUGAAGGUGUCAAAAUUGGGAAAGAAACUUUCCGAAGAAAUGGAAGACGGCCGCCUGAGACAGCACAGCCUGGCUCGAUCAGAUGACGGAGAAGAACUCCGCGGCAGUGUGUCGGUCAGCUUUACUGGGGUUACAGACUUGCGCAGCCUACCCACUUUCUACAUGGCUGUUGGAGAUUCAAAGCUAAGGCCUUCCCCGCUCGCUGAGCCUUUUUCCCAGCCCCAAUUCUUCUUUAAAACAAAUCUUCCAUUUACCUCUGGUCUCGCUCAUGUCUUUUUUUUUUUAUGUGUGCGCAUGAGGGUGGGUGGUGUGUGUGCAUGUCCAUGUGCGUGCACGCGCAUGCACAUGUAUUCUCUUGCUGUAGUAGUGUGUAGUAACCAUUUUAAGUACUUGGGCUGCUCAUUCUAUCAUUGUAGUCUCUUCUGAAUCUGUUUCUGUUGCCUCAUUUUCCUUCUGCAAGAGGUGUUCCCCCCCACCCCCCACACACACACACCUCGCUCCCUCACUGAUUAGUAGUUGGAUUGGAUAUGGGACACUCUGGAUGUGAACAUAUUGAUCCUGGAUCUAUUUGUCUCCCUUCAAAGGCUGAUCUGGUUGCUGGCAGGUGAUGUAUCUUUGAUGGUCAAGUUGUCCCUCUUGAGAGCCAUCUGGAGCUAGCCCUAAGCUGUGUCCAACUUUUUGCCAUCAAGACAAAAUGUUGUCGAUUGUAAAGUUCAUGCUCGAGAACCACACAAUCAAGUUACAAAAAAAAGAAAGAAAGAAGGAAAGAAAGAAAGAAAAGAAAAGAAAAGAGAGAAAGAAAGAAAAGAAAAUUGCAUUUUAAAAAGUGCAAUAUCUUAAGUAAGUUUACAGUUUCAUGUUGGGCUGCAUUUGUAGCUCUCUCUCCUCAGCUGAGGGUGGCCCGUGGCCGUGGAUUAGUCUAAGGCAUCUUGUGAGUGAGUGCAGCGAAAUCACCAAACAAGGCCAGUCUGUGGGGUAGAAAACAGCUUACG